AUGGUUGAUAGCGUUGAUCUGACGCCUCCCAGAAUGGAAAGCGAUAUUCCAGUCGACAACCUCAUCAGAGGUGUAUUUUCUGAGAAUUUCCGAUUUGCCCAGUGGUUCAAAUUAUUCUACGAUGCAAAUAUCACCCAAGCAAGGUCGUUUGAUGGCUUUGGAGACCAGGAACCAUAUGAAACUGCUCCAGGACUUAUACAGCAUCCACCCAGAAGACCUUAUUCAGAUUCUACGAGAGAAUAUAGGAAGGCUGAGGACAGGAAUUCUCAACGUCCACCAGUCUAUCCAGACUCUGCCAGGCAAAAUAGGUUUUUCGAUCAGAUGCCAGUUCGGACGGAUCAUGGAGGACCGAGGACAGAUUUACAUGAGGAAGGGGAGGAAGUUGAAGAACCAACUGACGACGAGUUUAUGCAGAAUAAGACACAAGGGCAUGAUCUCUCACAACCACCAAACCCUGAGGGCGGACGUCUUUCAAGUGAAGAACAUGAGUUUACAGGAUAUUUCACUUCAAAUGACGCUACACAGUUUUACCAUUCAGAAGGUUCUGGUAACAAACGCUUCACGGAGUCGAAUAGUGAUAACCGUUUGGUUCAGACUGCUAGCUUUGCCAAGCGUCGUACGAAUAGUUUCCGUUCUUCGAAAAAUUACGGUGAUAAACUGCCCCCACCUUCUCCUUUGCCAACAAAUCAAUGUGGUCUGGUCGGAAAUCACACGGGACGUGGACCUGGUACACAGAAACAAGCUGUCGAGAACUUGCUUGCCUCUGGGGAUAGACCGAUGUCGGCAGUAAUGGCUUCAGCGGACUCCGUAUCGCAAGUACAGACACGUUUACCGGAAUCUUCACGAACAGCCAACGCGCCACACGCCCCAUCUUCAGUGGUGGAAGAGGAAUCGGUAAACACAACAGUGUCGAAUAGUUCAAGGAAAGUCAUGCCAAAACACAUUGCACGCGCUAACCAACGGAUGAACAUCCCGACAGCUCCGAAUGUAUCUCCCAACGUCUUUCUCAGCACUCCGUCAAAACCCACCACACGUCCACCAGCAUACCCGCAACACAUUUUUGACCCUCGGCCAAGCGAUUUAACGUCAAGUGGACUAGGGACUGAAGCGGAACUGCAACGCGAACUAGCUCUACUGCGCUAUGGGAGUUUGGAGCAAAGACGAACCUUGUUCUACUGCCAAAAGGAAGCACAGUUCUAUUUCAGUAAACUUCGAAAAAUUGAAGAUUUCUGCUAUCGACUAAAAACCGGGUCGAAGCAAGCACGUGAGGACAUACUAGACACGAUUUUUGGCAUUCUUUAUGAGACAGAGGAGGGUUUUGUUUGUCCUGAUGAGUUGCCCACGUGACGGUGAUAGCAGUCAAAACAACAGAGGCGCCGGGAACAACAGCAACAACGAGAAACGGUUGGCAAGAACGGGGACUUUGGCCGGCCAGUUUCAUUUACAAUAAUGCGUAGGCUUCUGCAACCCCGAAUGCCACUUUGUAAUAUUUCCAGUUGACUCUUUCACUUAUUUUAUCUUUCUUGAAGCGCAGUUCAACAGACUCGAGACCAAAAACAUCAAUGUACAGAAGAACGUAGAAAAUGGGAGGUGUGUAGCAAGAUCUGCAGCCGUUAUGCUUUGAGUGUAGUUCUGUUAUACACUUACGAAUACCUUCGCUUUCUCACCUAACAAGAGCAGUUGCACAGUAUAGUGCUAUUCUCACAUUUUCCCCUUCUCGGAUAGUUUACUUCGGGGUUGUUCGAUUUGGUCAUGUUGAACAACCUACGUAUGGCACCUAUCCAGUAAAUAUGCCGCUUAAAAGCUUCACU